AUGGACACCAACAUGGCCUUUGAUAUGGCCAACAUCUCUAUCGUUGCGGAUGAACUGCCGCAGAAAUGGCCUUCCAGCCAUUCACAGUUUCAAAGCUACCUGCUGGCCUCCUUGAAGAGCUUCUCAAUAUGGCAUUACGCAGUGACUUUUUUGAUUGCCGUAUUAGUCUAUGAUCAAGCGAUGUACAUCAUACGAAAAGGCUCUAUAGCAGGGCCUGCACUCAAGAUACCACUCAUGGGGCCAUUCAUACAGGCCCUACACCCGAAAUUCGAAGGUUAUCUUGCACAGUGGGCAAGUGGGCCACUUAGCUGUGUAUCUGUCUUUCAUAAAUUUGUCGUUCUAGCCUCCGAUAGAGACAUAGCCCACAAAGUGUUCAAGUCGCCCACAUACGCCGAACCAUGUAUAGUGCCGAUCGCAAAGGACAUUCUAGGCCACAAAGCAUGGGUCUUCCUUCAGGGUAAAGAUCACACCGAGUACCGCAGAGGCCUGACUCCCCUUUUCACCAACAGGGCCAUGGCUACGUACUUGCCUGUGCAAAAAAAGGUAUUGGCCGAUUAUUUCGCUAAGUUUGUCGCCACUAGCAAGGCGAAUCAAGGACAGCCAAGGGAAUUCAUGACCAUGUUUCGCGAGAUCAACUGUGCACUUUCAUGCCGCACAUUCUUCGGGGAUUAUAUAUCUCAAGCCGCAGUCAAGACGAUUGCGGAUGAUUUCUACCUUGCUACAGCCGCGCUCGAGUUAGUCAACGUGCCUCUGUCAAUUUACAUUCCAUUCACCAAGCCCUGGCUCGGGAAGCGGACAGCCGACGCUGUUCAUGCAGAGUUUGCAAGAUGCGCAGCUGCAUGCAAAGCAAACAUGGCGACUGGCGCGACACCGAGUUGUAUCGUAGACCAUUGGGUACUUCAUAUGAUGGAAUCCAAGCGAUACCACGAAAGAAUCGCCGCAGGGGAGACAGACAUCGAGAAGCCGACGAACAUGAUCCGCGAGUUCACGAAUGAGGAAAUCGGUGAGACAUUAUUCACCUUUCUCUUUGCUUCUCAAGAUGCGUCGAGCAGUGCCACGACAUGGCUAUUUCAAAUCCUCGCCCAGCGGCCGGACGUACUCGAUAAACUGCGUGCAGAAAAUCUAGCUGCUCGCGGUGGUGAUAAAAACAGGUCUUUCGAUCUUCCCAUGCUAGAGUCGCUCACCUACACCAAUGCAGUCAUCAAAGAGCUCCUGCGCCACCGUCCACCCGUUAUCAUGGUUCCAUAUCUCGCGACGAAGAACUUCCCUGUCACGCCCAGCUAUACCGUGCCCAAGGGCUCGAUGAUUAUCCCGUCCUGUUAUCCAGCUUUACAUGAUCCGAAUGUUUACCCUAAUCCCGAUAAUUUCGAUCCCGAGCGUUGGAUCUCCGGGGACGCCGAGUCCAAGACUAAGAAUUGGCUAGUAUUCGGUGCGGGACCACACGAUUGCCUCGCAAGGAAAUAUGUGCCGCUGUCUAUGGCUGGCAUGAUUGGGAAAGCGGCACUGGAGCUCGACUGGAAGCACCAUGCCACGGAGAGAUCAGAAGAGAUUCGAGUUUUCGCUACGCUGUUUCCAAUGGAUGGAUGUCCAUUGACUUUUACGGAACGUUCAUAG